GCCCGGCGGGGCGGCGGGGUGGCGCGCGCGGGGCGACUCUGGUUGAACUUUGUGAUGUCUUCCCCUGAAAUUGCUUCCCUUUCUUGGGGUCAGAUGAAGGUGAAAGGCUGCUCUACAACAUACAAGGACUGCAAAGUAUGGCCGGGAGGAAGCCGGACGUGGGAUUGGCGAGAAACCGGGACCAACCAUUCUCCAGGAGUGCAGCCAGCUGACCUUGAAGAAGUCGUCAAGAAGGGUGUUCAAACUGUGGUGAUUGGUCGUGGCAUGAGUGAGGCUUUGCAGGUUCCAGCAUCCACUGUGGAGUACCUGAAGAAGAACGGGAUUGACGUGCUGGUGCUGCAGACGGAGAAGGCCGUGGCAGAGUACAAUGCCCUGGCUGCUCGGGGUGUCAAAGUGGGCGGGGUCUUCCAUUCCACCUGCUGAAGCGCAGCUCCCGCCGCCUGCCCGGCCCGCAGCCGAAUCACGGACACACCUCUGCUGAAUCAAACUGCACUCCGCCGAGUGUGAACUUACGUGCCAAGCCAUUUGUGCACUCACAAUCUAAAAUGCAAAGAUAGUGUAUUAGUUCGGGAUCUAAACAGAACGAGGGCUCACAAAAGGCAGGGCUGUUAAUGUAAUUAAAUCGUUUAAUUACAGAAUCAUUUCCAUGUAUUGUUGAGAUUGACCUAAUUUUCCUCUGAAGGCUGUCCAUAGUCUUGUUACUUAACUUUUCACCUGUUGACUAAAUUAGGAAAUUAUGUUUUGAAUACUUUUAUUACAUUACUGGCCCAAAUUACAUUACUGGCUACUGGAACGCAGCCAUAAAAUAGCUAAUGAGCACAAUCAAAUGGCAGAUAUGAAGUGAUGGCAAAGAAGCACUUUACCACCACUGGAUAAAUAAAUUAAAAAUAAAAUAAAUUAAAAAGCAAA